CGUGAGCUGAUGUAAAUAAAAACAAACUACACUGCCGCGAAUAAGGAAGGAGGAAGCGACAAAGACAAGACAGGACAAGAAAGAAGAAAAAUCUGCGUUGUCAUCAGUCCUGUUUUUUUGUCUUGCUUUCAUUGCAUAUAGAAAAAGAACAAGUUGAAAUAGUAAACAAACGAACAAAUAGCUGACCGAAAAAACCUGUGUGUAAUCUCUAUCGCAUUGCAUCAUGAAGAGCACAUAUAUCAUAUUUUUCAUUUUAUUUCUUGAUCUAAUCGCGUUCACUAUAAUCCUCCCUCUCUUUCCUUCCAUCAUCGAAUCCUACAAUGAACAAAACAGCAGCCAAGAACAGUCAGACUAUGCGUUGGAUUAUAUUCAUAAAAUCAUGGAAUGGAUACGAAACAAACUUAACAUGCCUGACAGGCGCAGAUACAACAACGUUUUAAUUGGAGGUCUCCUCGGUUCUUUAUUUUCAUUAUUGCAAUUUGUUUCAAGCCCAAUCAUUGGUGCAUUUUCAGAUGUGUAUGGAAGAAAGAAAAUUUUGAUAUUAAGUAUGAUUGGCACUUCAAUAUCAUAUAUUAUUUGGUGGAAAGCUGACACUUUCUCCAUAUUUUUAUUGUCACGUGUAGUUGGAGGGCUAAGUAAAGGCUCUGUUACAUUGUGCACAACUAUGAUAUCUGACGUUACUACAAAUGAAAACAGAGGAAAGGGAAUGGCAUUUAUUGGUUUGGCCUUUUCCUUUGGUUUUAUAUCCGGACCUAUGAUUGGUGCAUAUUUUGCAUCACAAGUCCAAGGCACUGGACUUGCUAAUUCAUUCACACUGCCUGCGCAAGUAGCAAUUGCCUUCCAAAUGAUGUCUUUACUCUUCGCAGUUUUUUUGUUGGACGAAACUAAAAUCACGAAAAAGGAAACAACUAUUUCUUCUAACCUGUCAAAAGCAUUGAAUUUGAUCAAUCCAUUCAACAUAUUCACAUUAUCAAGUAUAAAGAAUGACAAGAAAGUUGCAGUAUUGAAGAGUUUAACUCUAACCAACUUCUUGUAUCUUUUGUUCUUUUCUGGUCUGGAAUUUACACUGACAUUUUUGACACACGAGAGGUUCAAUUUUACUAGCAUGCAACAAGGGAAGUUAUUUUUCUUCGCUGGUCUUAUCAUGAUGAUAGUACAAGGAGGAUAUGUUCGCAGGGUGAAACAGAAUAGAGAAAAGAAAAUAGCUAUGCAGGGUAUCGUCGCCAUCAUACCAGCUAUGAUGUUGAUCAGUGUUACAUAUUCAGUUCAAAUUACUUAUGCAGCUUUACUUCUUUACUCAUUUGGUGCAGGGACGGUCGUACCAUGUUUAACGUCGUUAUUUACACAACACACUGAUGAAAGUGACACCGGUGAGAGUAUUGGUAUCUUGCGUUCUGCUGGUGCAUUUGCUCGUGCAAUUGCUCCUGCCUUGACUUGCUCAGUGUAUUGGAGUUUUGGAUCGUUUGUGUGUUAUUUCAUUGGAGCAUUGCUUUUUGUAAUUCCACUUGUUCUUCUUCGAAACACAAUUAUCAGUGACGUUGAGACAAAGAACAAGUAAAGCACGAAGACUUUUGAUAGGAAAUCAAAAUUUAAAUAUUUUUUCGAAACAGUCAUGGAAAUGGUCUUUGACACGAUCUUCUUGUUUUCAAUGUCGCUUUUAAAAGCAUGACGAAAUACUGCUUUUAUUUUUUUAUUGUAUGCAAUCAAAAAAUCGUAUAAAAAUUUCUAAACCCUGCUGUGCGGGGUUCAAUUUAUUUGCUUUGAUUUAUGUUUCAAUUUUUUCUAAAUAAUUUUUUGUCGACCAGUAGUUAUUAUUUUAAAAAUCUAGACUUUUGUGUUUAGUCUUUGUAGGCUGUGUUUUAAUACUUUUAUACGACUUUUAUAGAAGUUUUUCUAAUCUCACGUCGUUAAAGUCGACACUUUUUUUCAUGUUGUCGUCGGUAAUAUGAUAUCGCACGUUUACGAGGUGCAAUUAGGAAAUAAUUGAACGAGUAUUUUUUUUUUUUCUGGCAUUUUUACUAAAGCGAAUUUUUCAAAGUGGAAUCUAAAACAAUGAGUAUACUCAGAGACAUUUCGCCGUUCAAUUCGCCUCGUGGAAAUUUGUAGAGACGAAAUAGUGAGACUUUUAGCGUACAAGUUAGAUUUUAUAGCAAUUUAUUUAUGGUGGUGGUCGCUAAACUAUUUAUUAGAUAGUUUUUAUUUACGUGAUUUUAACACACAAAGUUUUGUAUUUUUAUAACUUUUGAAAUGUUUGAAUACUGCAUUUUGCAAGUUUUGUACUUUUAAAAAUUGGUGGAAGAAAAUGUAAGAAUGGAA